UGUCACUUUGAUUCUUCUCGCUUUCCCCCAAACGCUCAGUCACUCCAGCCAAACUCUUUUCGCCCAACAAAAGUUUCCCCAAUGUUUCUGACUGCGCUGCGUGCAUGGCUUGGCCUUGUCGGCUCCAUUGCCAUUGUGAAUGGCGCGACUUGCUUUGUGGAUGCGACGUAUCCUUCUCGCAUGCUCUACACUGCCAAUCCCACUCAAGUCACGCCACUCGCUUCCCGGCUCUUUGGCGUGUGGACGCUGCUUGCGGGUGCACUCCGCGUCGCCAGCGCAAUCAACACUGCAGACACAACUCUCUACGUGCUGACAAUCAUUAGCUUUGUCCUCGCGAACGUUCACUUCGUGUCUGAGAUUUGGGUGUACCGAACGGCAAAGAUUACGGGCAAGACCAUCUCACCGCUUGUCGUCUCAGGCGUCUCCAUCCUCUGGAUGCUCGUUGCAUACUCUGAUGCGGCCAACUCGUACAAGUCAAUCCAUGCAUGAGCAUACAGCGAGCUUUGUUUUUCUGAGCGUGACUACAUUCACUGUGACCAAGCGAGGGUUCAACGUUGGAAUCAUUGUGUGUGUUGUUGUUGUUGCUACAAGUACAAUAAUCGCGAGUGUUCAUCCGAAAAGAAAACAACCGAGAAACAGAGAAAUAAAACGAACGAACAGA